AUGGCGGACGUUGCGCAGCCAGUUCCUGCUGAACCGCAGGCAAAGCAUAUUGUAUAUUGUGGAGUCUGCACACUGCCCCCAGAGUACUGUGAAUUCGGUGGAACGGCGAAGAAAUGUGAAGAUUGGUUAAAGGACAGUCAUCCGGAUAUGUAUCAGCAGUUAUAUUCGGAAGAGGCCCUCAGUACCAAUCUUUCUACACUUUCGGUAUCGGCUCGUGAGCGUGCAGCUAAGGAUGCGGCUAAGAAGGAGGCGAAAGCGGCGGCUGCAGAAGCCCGCGAUGCUGAGCGGAAGGCGGCUUCCAAAGUACAGAUCAAACGGGUCGAGCGCAACAAGCGUAAACAUGUUACCGUCGUCACAGGCUUGGAUAUAUACGGGCUGGAGAAUAAGAAGGUGGCGAAGGACCUCGGAAAGAAGUUCGCGACCGGUUCUUCUAUGACUAGGUCCGCUGGUGGCACUGAGGAAAUUACGGUGCAGGGUGAUGUGAGCGAGGAGAUUAAGGAGUGGCUGUUGGAGGUAUAUGGAAAGGAGAUCCCAGAGGCCAACAUCGAGCUCAUCGAGGACAAGAAGAAGAAGAAAGCGGCAGAGCAAUGA